AGUAUGGAAUGAGCAUCAUCUUUUUGGCCAUGAGUUUCAAUGGAUAAUUGCAUUGUUUGGCAUGGUUGCAAUGAACAUAAUUAAUUGUCAAUUAUUUUCGCAACUGUGGAAUGCUGAUUGGGGUAGAGAUGUAAUUGGAAUGGAAAGACGGAAAAUACAAUGA